GUGAUGUAACACAACACAUAUAAGCAAAACUAAGCUAACCUCACUGUCAGUUUGGACGGGUUUCGAGAAUUGGUGUUUAUAAAAUUUUGGAACACACGUCAAGAGAAUCAUGUCGCGAGUACCAGAUGUCCCAGACAAUUCAGCUACGCUGGGAGAUAGACCUAUGUCUAUAGCGCGUCGUAUGGACCAUGAAAGAGAGCGGAUGCUGGGAAUGACGGACGAGGAACGGGCAUGGAGGAAAAAAUGGUUGGAUGCUCAGAAACUCGCGCCUGAGGAGCCAGUGUAUCCCAAGGGUUACUAUGAAGCGAUGUACAACCCAAUCAGAAGAUUCUACAUGGCACCUAUGAACAAAUUCGAGAAUAUUUUGGCGCCAGUUAUAGGUAAGUUUUCGGCGAGCGUAACACGGCACUUUAUAAGCAAAGUGACGAUGUCUAUUAUUGCAUUUUAUGGUAUCUAUUAUUAUAUGAAGUACAACAGAAUGCUUGACCUCAGAAAUGAUGGUCGAUCCAGGUACCAGUAUCGUCCUAUCGAGAUCGAAACCAAGCUGAUGAAACAUACUCAUGGGUCAGCGAGAUUACGUAUAGGCAAUAUUACAGAUGUAUUAGUUGGUGUAAAACUUGAAAUUGACAUACCGUAUGCUGAAAGACCAGAGGAAGGCAAAUUAGAAUUUUUCGUAGACUGUUCUGCUAAUGCUACACCGGCUUUCGAAGGCAAAGGUGGGGAUGAUUUGGCGACUGAAAUUAGCAACGUCCUUUCCAUGGCUUAUCAGACACCAUAUGCCUUUGAUUUGAAGCAGCUGUGUAUAAUACCUCAUCAGAAAUGUUGGAAAAUGUACGUGGACAUUUUGAUCCUUCAAUGCGGUGGAAAUUUAUUCGACGCCGUUGGUGCUGCGGUGAAGGCAGCGUUGUAUAAUACUGAAAUUCCAAGGGUGAUCACAGCCACACUCGACGGUGGCGAACCAGAUAUUCAGAUAUCAGACGAUCCUUACGACUGUAUUAAACUAGAUGUGACAAAUUAUCCAGUAGUACUAACGGUAUGCAAGAUUGGUGAUAACUUCGUGAUAGAUCCAACGUCGGAAGAAGAAUCUUGCAGUACCGCUAGUAUCCUUAUGUCCGUGAUGCCGAACGGCAAGGUGACGUCUGUAGUCAAGUUGGGAUACGGCAGCUUGUUGCCUAGUACCUUGAUUAAGAUGUUGCAGGUUGGAAAGGAUAUCAGUUUCAAGCUAAACGAAGCUCUUGUGAAAGGAUUGGAAGAGGAAAACAAGCUCGGUCAAACGAAACCCAUAUUUGGAUUUCUUAGAUAACAUUGCGCGAUACGUUGUUAUGGAUUUUAAGAUACAAAUAUAUUUUUUUCAAAUUCUUAGUUAUGUGGACUCGUUAAACUGCACAUUACUCCUCGCUAUUUGGUUAUAACUGUCAACGUUACGACGCGACGUUUCUCAAACUCUAACAGAGCAUUUUUGAUAUUUGUAAAAUUUGAAGAUUGCAAUGAGAAUAAGAUUGUAAAAUGAAGUAUCAAUAGUACAGUUUCAAUAGCAUUUGACUAUAGUAUAACAAUAUUUAAUUUAAUUGUGUAAAUUUUGUGAGUGUGUGUGUGUGUGUGUGUG